AUGAAUGGAGACAGUAAUGGCAACUGCAAUUUCUCCGUGGAAACCUAUAUACACAGCAAUCAAACCAACCUCAACUGCUCUUCUCAGCCUCGGUCCCUCUAUCCUGACUUCUACAUCGCUUUACCUAUUGUGUACUCAGUUAUUUGUGCGGUUGGACUAACGGGAAACACAGCAGUCAUCUACGUUAUUUUAAAAGCACCUAACAUGAAAACAGUCACAAAUGUGUUCAUAUUAAAUCUGGCGAUAGCGGAUGAUCUUUUUACGCUGGUUUUACCGAUAAAUAUCGCCGAACACUUGCUGACCAACUGGCCCUUUGGUGGGGUGCUGUGCAAACUUAUUCUCUCGAUUGACCACUGCAACAUAUUCUCUAGUAUAUAUUUCCUUACUGUGAUGAGUAUUGACCGUUACUUGGUAGUGCUGGCCACUGUGCGCUCACAACGGAUGCCUUACCGGACCUACAGAUUCGCUAAAAUUGUCAGUCUCAGCGUUUGGGUCUUGGUGUUCAUAAUCGUUUUGCCGUUCACUGUCUUCGCCAGUAUCUAUGUCAGUCCUGGCGAUGCGGGGAAGAGGACGAGCUGUGUCCUAAACUUCCCAAGUCCGGAGCUACUGUGGUUCAAAGCUAGCCGGAUUUACACCUUGGUCCUCGGCUUCAUCAUCCCUGUUUCCACAACUUGUGUGCUGUACAGUGUCAUGCUAUACAAGCUGAGGAACAUGCAGCUCAGCUCAAACGGCAAAGCGCUGGAUAAAGCCAAGAAGAAGGCAACUAUGAUGGUGUUUAUAGUUUUGGCGCUCUGUUUGUUCUGUUGGACGCCGUUCCACCUGAGCACCGUGGUCGCUCUCACCACAGACCUGUCCCCAACUCCAGUCGUAAUAGGAAUCUCCUAUUUUAUCACAUGUCUAAGCUACGCCAAUUCCUGCCUCAACCCUUUCCUGUAUGCGUUCUUUGAUGAUAGUUUUAGAAAGGCAUUUAGGAAAAUGUUGGAAUGUGGACCUAGUGGCAUAUAAAAAUUGCCUACUGUUUCACAACAGAUGCACGCCAGUAGAGCCUUAAUGUCCAAGAGUCUUACCGUUCUGUUCUGUCCAGCUACUUGGAGAGUAUUUAAAUUGUGCCAUUGAGUGCAGGACGUGCGGAAUUAACGUCCACUGCC